GUCAUGCAGGACCUCAAUGAUCGCUUGGCCAGUUAUAUAGACCAAGUGCGAUGCCUGGAGGCUGAAAAUGCUGAGCUUCAGUCCAAGAUCAGUGAUUUCCAUGCCAAGAACAAGUUGGCUGGUGAAGCGAAGGACUACAGCCUCUAUUACCAGCAGAUUGAGGAGCUUCAAAACCAGAUUGUAUGUACAACGGUGGAGAACAACAGCAUAAUUAUCAAGAUUGACAACAAUCACCUGAACGUUGAAGACAUGAAGCACAAGCUUGAUACUGAGUGUGGCCUUUGUGAGAACGUGGAGGCUGACAUUAAUGGCUUAUACCCCGUUUUGGAUCAAAUGGCUAGCUGUAAGACUGACAUGGAAGCUGAACUGAAGUCACUGCAAGAAGAACUGUCUGGUCUCAAAAAGAACCACAAAGAGGAAUUAAUCUCUUUGCAAAAACUUUGUUCAAGUGAUGUCAACAUGGAAAUCAGUGCCUGCCCCAGUCGAGAUCUGAAGAAAAUCCUGGAGGAGAUAAGAUGCAAGUACGAAGCGACGAUUGACUCAAACCGCAAGGAGGUUGCAGAGUGGUAUGAAGGCAAGCUGGAGGAAGUGAACCAGGAAAUCUGCACCACUAGCAAGGAAGCUGAGGAUGGCAACCAUAAGGCCACUGAGCUGAAACGUCAGCUGCAGGCCUUAGAGCUCGAUCUCCAAGCCCAGCGCAAUCUGAGAGACACACUGCAAGUGUCCUUGGCUGAAGGAGAACAUCGCUACAAUGCUCAACUAGCCGAAAUACAGGAUCGCAUCUCCUGCAUGGAGCAACAGCUGGCAGAGCAACGCUUGGAAAUGGAGGGCCAGGAGCGGGAAUACAAAGAGCUCCUGGAUGUUAAGAACUGGUUGGAGCAAGAGAUCCAGACAUACUGCAGCCUGCUAGAAAAUGUGCCAGGCGAAGUACAUGCCACACCAUGAAGGAACAGCCUAAUUUCUUAUCCCCUACCAUUUCCGUUGCAUGACUAGAUUGGGACUAAGGUUAAUUUCCAGCAAAGGCCAACUAUGUUGAAAUACCUGCAUCUUAAUUCUUGGUUUCAGUUUUUAAUGGCUUCUGGUCAUUUCUACUUCUGAAUAAGGCUGAGCUGAAAGAGAGGGAGAUUUUUGCAAACAUGGAAAAACUCCUUUUGGUAACCUGCAGGGGACUGCAGUGAAAGGGGGAGAAAGUGUUCAGGAAGCAUUGCUCUGUGUCAGCCUUCUGUUGAAGUGAUCAUCUUUCUGCAUUUUUUUGCUUCUGGCACCUAUUCUGCUAAUCCACACAACUUGCUCAUUUUGCUGUUGAAUCAACCCACCUGUUUCUAAUAAAGGCUAAUAAAGGCUUUGCCAGUUGCAACUGAA